AUGGCGACAACCCCUACACCAAACUACAUUGAUCCGCCCUCGCGCGCAGCAAUGGUUGUGGGCACAAACACGGGCAUGAUAUGUGCUGCUGGUUUUUUUGUGGGGUUGAGAGUUUUUACGAGGUACAGACUCACGAAUUUGGGGAGUGACGAUAUCUUGAUAUGUGUGGCUUGGCUUCUCUCAUUCUGCAUGACAAUGGCCAUCAUCUUCUCGACUAAAUAUGGCAACGGCCGGCACACCUGGGAUGUACCCCCAGAAUGGCGCUCAAUGUCGGGGAAACUGGGAUACACAUUCACAGCCCUUUACAACCCAACUCUCAUGAUGACCAAGACGUCUAUCCUCGCAUUUUAUAUCAACAAGUUGGGCAGCGAAGAAACCUUCCGCAAGGUGUGCUGGGUCACAAUGGGAUAUGUUAUUUGCAGCAGUACAAGUAUCUUUUUCUCGAAUAUAUUCCAGUGCUCGCCAAUACGAGGCGGAUGGGACUAUACGGCUCCAGGGCGGAAGUGUAUCAACACUACCCCUCUGUACUAUUUCUCAGGCGCAAACAACCUCAUAACGGACCUCGUCCUCCUAUUCCUCCCCAUGCCCGUGAUUUGGAAGCUGCGUCUCCCUCUUCGCCAGAAGCUCGGCCUCGUAAUGGUCUUCUCCAUGGGUAUUUUUGUCACCUGCGUUAGCAUAGUCCGCAUCCACAUGGUCAGCGUCGCGAUGGUGAGCAAAGAUCUCUCCUGGACCGGCUCCGUCUCAAGUACCUGGUCCGCCGUCGAACUCAACGUCGCUAUUAUUUGUGCGUGCACACCUGCUUUCAAGCAGUUUCUCACAUGGGUUGCACCGGGCAUCCUGGGCACUAGUAUCAAGAAAAGUGCAUAUUAUGGUAGCGGCGGGUUGAGAUACCAUACGAAUGAUGGCACCGGCGGAGUGGCGGUUGGGACGAGAAAGAGUCACUUAGGAGGGCUUGGGAGGACGGCGGGCGCCGGUGCGACAUGCACCAUCACCGCCACGCAUAAUAACGACAGCGAGGAGUAUAUCAUGCAUGAUCUGGCGGGGGAGCCGCAUCAGGGAAUGGGCAUCAGCGUUAACAAGACGGUUGAAGUUGUGGUACAAAGUGAGUCUGUGAAGGACGAUUCGACGAGUUCCCAGGGAAGAAAUGUUGCGAGAGUGGGCAGUUGGUAG